AUGCAGGGCUGGCCGGAAGCAGUAGGGGAGGAGAGAUUCAAGCCAUAUGCAAAGCGCAAGUUAGAACUGAGUGUUCUGGAUGGCUGUAUCCUCUGGGGCUCCAGAGUGAUCGUCCCCCUACCCGGGCAGGCACAGGUGAUGGAGGCCCUGCAAGAUGCCCACCCGGGAGUUUCUCGAAUGAAAAGCCUCGCCAGGUCAUUCGUGUGGUGGCCUGGGAUGUUGCGUCAAGACUGUUUUUGGUCGCAUCCGUGGCAGUGGCCCCGCCGUGCUUGGUCCAGGCUCCACCUGGAUUUUGCAGGUCCAUUUAUGGUCCAGACCUUCCUGGUGCUGGUGGAUGCACAUUCGAAAUGGCUUGAGGCACAUAUCAUGUCAAAUAUCACAGCAGCCGUUACCACUGACAAGCUCAGAGGCAUCUUUGCCAUACACGGCUUACCAGACACAGUGGUGACAGACAAUGGUGCCACUUUCACCAGUGCCAUUUUCAAAGAGUUUAUGGAGAAAAAUGGGAUCAGACAUGUCUGCUUUGCCCCCUAUCAUCCCGCCUCAAAUGGACUAGCUGAGCGAGCUGUGGGAACACUGAAAGAUGCAUUGAGAAAAAUGACAGGACAUUCUCUAGAAACCAAGCUCUCUCGUUUCCUUUUCCAGUACCGGAUCACUCCACACACCACGACAGGGGUAUCCCCAGCAGAGAUGCUUUUUGGGAGGAGGCCAAAGUCACACCUCGAUCUUCUUCAUCCAGACAUCGAAGAGAGAGUGGUCCGGGGGCAGGACACACAAAAGCUGAGGCGUGAUCAGCACGCAAAAGACAGAGUCUUUCAGCCAGGCGAUCAUGUUUAUGUCAAAAACUUUGCUACUGGUCUGCCCUGGCUGCCAGGGGUUAUUCAACACCAAACAGGGCCUGUGUCCUUUGUAGUGGAUUUGCUGGAUGGCAGGCAGGUGCGGAGGCACCAGGAUCACCUACAUGAUCGCUAUGAUGCAGGAGGGGAAGCGCGUCAACGUGGGGCACACAAGAACCGUGCAUUCAGCCCUGCAGGCUCAGUGGAAGUUCCUCAGACACCGGAAGAGGACCAAAGCACGCCUGAAGAGCCAGCAGCUCCGGGCACUCCGCUGGCUCAUCCAGCAGCUCCGGGCACUCCGCUGGGCCAACCGGCUGCGCCAAUGUUAAAUGUUAAAUUGGGGUUGCCCCACCGGGGCUAG